AUGGCGGGCCGGCGGGCCGGCGCCGGGACCAGGGUCCGGACGCUGCUGGCGCUGCUGGCGCUGCGGGCGCUCGGGGCCGCGGCGCACCCGCAGUGCCUGGACUUCAGGCCGCCCUUCCGGCCGCCGCAGCCGCUGCGCUUCUGCGCGCAGUACUCGGCAUUCGGCUGCUGCGCUCCCGAGCACGACGCGGCGCUGGCCCGGCGCUUUGGGGCCCUGGCGGCGCGCGUGGACGCCGCGAUUUGGGCCGAGUGCGCCGGCUACGCGCUUGACCUGCUGUGCCAGGAAUGCUCGCCGUAUGCAGCCCACCUCUACGACGCGGAGGAUCCGUCCACGCCCCUGAGGACCGUGCCCGGGCUCUGCGAGGACUACUGCCUGGACCUGUGGCGGUCGUGCCGGGGCCUCUUCCGCCACCUGUCGCCCGACCGCGAGCUCUGGACGCUGGAGGGCAACCGCGCCAAGUUCUGCCGCUACCUGUCGCUGGACGACACAGACUACUGCUUCCCGCGCCUGCUGGUCAACGAGAACCUCAACUCCAACCUGGGCCGUGUGGUGGCCGACGCCAUGGGCUGCCUGCAGCUAUGCCUGGAGGAGGUGGCCAAUGGGCUGCGCAACCCCGUGGCCAUGGUCCACGCCCGGGACGGCUCCCACCGCUUCUUCGUGGCCGAGCAGCUGGGGCUGGUGUGGGUCUACCUGCCCGACCGCUCACGGCUGGAGAAGCCCUUCCUGAACAUCAGCCGGGCCGUGCUCACAUCGCCCUGGGAGGGCGACGAGCGGGGCUUCCUGGGCCUCGCCUUCCACCCCGGCUUCCGGCACAAUGGCAAGCUCUACGUCUACUACUCAGUGGGUGUGGGCUUCCACGAGUGGAUACGCAUCAGCGAGUUCAGGGUCUCAGAGGAUGACGUGAACGCUGUGGACCACGACUCGGAGAGGAUAAUCCUGGAGAUCGAAGAACCAGCCUCGAACCAUAAUGGGGGCCAGCUGCUCUUUGGGGAUGAUGGGUACCUCUACAUCUUUACUGGAGAUGGCGGGAUGGCUGGAGACCCCUUUGGAAAGUUUGGAAAUGCCCAAAACAAGUCGGCGCUGCUGGGCAAGGUGCUGCGCAUCGACGUGGACCGCAACGAGCGCGGCCCGCUCUACCGCAUCCCGUCCGACAACCCAUUCGUGGGCGACCCCGCCGCGCGGCCGGAGGUCUACGCCCUCGGGGUGCGCAACAUGUGGCGCUGUUCCUUCGACCGCGGCGACCCGGCGUCGGGCGCGGGCCGCGGGCGCCUCUUCUGCGGCGACGUGGGUCAGAACAAGUUCGAGGAGGUGGAUCUGGUGGAGCGCGGCCGCAACUAUGGCUGGCGCGCCCGCGAGGGCUUCGAGUGCUACGACCGCAAGCUGUGUGCCAACACCUCCCUCGAUGAUGUGCUGCCGAUUUUCGCCUACCCGCACAAACUGGGCAAGUCGGUCACUGGGGGCUACGUCUACCGGGGCUGCGAGUACCCGAACCUGAACGGCCUCUACAUUUUCGGAGACUUCAUGAGCGGGCGUCUGAUGUCCCUCCGAGAGAACCUGGGGACAGGCCAGUGGCGGUACAAUGAGAUCUGCAUGGGCCGUGGCCAGACCUGUGCGUUCCCGGGCCUCAUCAACAACUACUAUCCGCACAUCAUCUCCUUCGCGGAGGACGAGGCCGGGGAGCUGUACUUCAUGUCAACGGGCGUGCCGAGUGCCACAGUGGCACGUGGGGUUGUCUACAAAAUGAUCGACCCCUCCAGACGGGCACCACCCGGCAAGUGUCAGAUCCAACCCGCCCAGGUGAAGGUCCGGAGCCGCCUCAUCCACUUCGUGCCCAAAGAAGAGUUCAUCCGGAGGAUGGAGAGCACCCCGCGGCCCACGGCGCCCGCGCCCACCAAGGCUCCCCGCCGCAGCCGCCCCACGACCACUCCGCUCGCGCCCACCCUGCGGCCGUCACGACCCACCCCGCGGCCCGGGCGCCGUCGGGGCGGCGGGCGGCGGCGGGGACGGCUGGGCACCAAGGUCCCCGAGCCCUCGAACGGCGCCGUGCGCCUGGUGCGGCCCGCGGGCCUGAGUCCAGGCCGCGGGCGCGUGGAGGUGUUCGCGGGCGGACGCUGGGGCACCGUGUGCGAUGACGCCUGGGACACCAAGGGCGCUGCCGUCGUGUGCCGCCAGCUGGGCUUCGCAUACGCCGUGCGGGCCGCCAAGCGUGCCGAGUUCGGCGAGGGUCACACGCUGCCCAUCCUGCUGGACGACGUGCGCUGCACAGGCAGUGAACGCAACCUGCUGGAGUGCGCGCACGCCGGCCUGGGUUCCCACAACUGCGACCACCAGGAGGACGCCGGCGUCGUGUGCAGCCGCGAGGACCCCCAUCUGUAGGCGAGCAUCGUCUGUCUGUCUGGCCGGCCUGGCUGUCCAUCGUGCGUCCGGAGCCCGUCCACCGUGUGCGCGCCUGGUGCGUGCGCCCGAGUCCGAGGGUGGAGGGGAACGUGGCGGGUGGCCUAGGGGUGGCCCGUCUGUAAUGCUGUCCUGUGGAUGCGUAUGCGGUGCGAGCAAUGCACGCGUGUUCUUUGUGUGUUCCUGCCCACGUGUCUUUGAAACACGCAGCCGCAGUACGUGUUGGGAUCCGUGUGGCCCCCGUGGGUGUGUGUCGUUGCAGCCUGAGGUGUUCUUUGCUUACCUCCAAGCAUCUCAAGCAGCAGCAGGAACACAGCCUGGUAGAACCCUGAGCACUGAGGGCAGCUGCCCUUUAAGGGCGGACAUGCCCUCGCUGCACUAACAGAGGCACAGCCGGUGGGUGGAGGGCAGGGACCAGGCCUGCCCUGCCCACGGUGGGGAGUGGAAGGCCCCAGACCAGCUGGAGCACGGCUUGAGGAACGUGGCCCAGAGGGCAUGGACCCGUGGCCUGGCAGUCAGAGUUGCUGAAGAGAACACGAAGGCAUCUAGUAGGGCCAAGGGAAGUCAUCAGACUGAUGGGUCCAGGGUGACCCCUGGGCUGCGGCUGCCCCAGCGAGGGUCAGGCUGCCUAGGAGGAAGCGAGUGCCAGGGUGGGCUGGCAGGGAGCACUUGAUGGCUUCCGGGAGGAGCCUUCCGGGCCCCAGCAUCACGCCGGACCCAGCCACGCCAAGCACCGCGGUCGCUGGUGAGGCUUCAGACUUCUCCACUUUCAAGCCUGUGCCAGGGCCACCUCUGCCAUCUCCAUUCCCCACCUACCCUGCUCAGUGAAAUCCCAGGGAACCCUCUGCCUCCUCAGCCCAACCCCGGGGGCCGACCGGGCUAUGGACCCAGUGAGACCACUGAUGCUCUGUCACCCAGUGCCGUGCCAACAGCGUGACUGUUUACAAACCC